AUAUAUAGAACCAGAUAUGAUAAUAUAGACUUGGAAGAAAAAACAAUCCCCCAGUAUAGACUAGUUUGAAGUUGAUAAUCUCUCUCAAAUCAAGAAAAAUGUCUGAGAAACUGAACAGUACAAGUUCCUCAGAUGAAGAGGCGAACAAGAUCAAGUUUGAUAUAUCUUUAUCAAGCGGGUCGGAAUCUAGUGUCAAUGAAGAAGUUGGCUCAGAAGAGGGUGCUAGUGUUCCAGGAGAAAGUGUACUGGGUGAUAACUUGAGCCCAUCAACGGAGAAUAAACCCAGAAACCAGGAUGACACCGCCCCAGCAAUCAAUUCAUCUCAUUCGUCAGGAGCAUCAGCAAGCACUUCAGCUGUCUAUAACAAGAGAACCCUCCGCUACAAGAAGAGCUUAACCCAAGGCGAUGUCACCAGGGGCGAGCUCAUGAUUCCAAUAGAAUAUGGUAGAAAAAUUCUCGCUGAACCUCAGAAACGUGAUGGAAAAUAUAAAGACAUAGAAGUGGCAUUUAUGGACCAUAAUAGACAGAUCUGGCCGAUGGAGGCUUAUUUCUCAGAGCGGAGAAGCUCCUACAUGCUUGGGUUGAACUGGGACAGAUAUGUGAAGAAAUUUAAAUUGGAGCCCCAGGACAUGAUUUUCUUUUAUCAUGAUCCCGCUAUUCCCACUCACAACCACUACUUGAUGAAAUUUGAAAAAAAGGGGCGCGAUAGCAACCCCACGAAGAAGCCUAGCGAUCCCAUGGAGAUCCCACGGAGAAGCCUAGAGAUCCCACGGAGAUGCCCAGCAUUCCCACGGAGAAGCCCAGCAUUCCCACGGAGAAGCCCACCAUUCCCACGGAGAAGCCUAGCGAUCCCAAGGAGAAGGCCUAGCGAUCCCACGGAGAAGCCUAGCGAUCCCAAGGAGAUCGCUAGCAAUGAGAAGCCUAGCGAUCCCAAGGAGAAGCCUAGCGAUCCCACGGAGAAGCCUAGUGAUCCCAAGGACACCACUUGAGAAGUCUUUUUGGUGGGCGAAUGCAUUCAGAAUCUAGCUAGGUAAUAUUGUUUCUUCUUCUUCUUCAAAGGGGACUCAAUUUUAAUCAUCUCGUUACAUGUAGAAUCUCGCUUUCCAUGAUGUAUCAUAAAACAUUCGAUAUCAGAUUUUCAAUUUGAAAAUGUCUUACGUUGUGAUGAUAGAAAAGUCCUGAUAGGUAGAAGAAGGGAAAACCCACCCCAAAAUCUGAAUUGAUCUGUAUUUUUUCUUGAUUCUGAAGGUUGUUCAAAGAGGCUGAAAUGCAGAGCUAUUGCCAAA